UCAAGGAGCAAACCCCAUGCUAGGGAGGGGAAGAGCUGUGGGUUUCUAGCACUGCUGGGUCUUGGGUCUCCACCAUCACCAUCUAAUAAUUUCCCUUUGUAUAAACUGUCCUUGGCUCACUUGCAAAGACAACUGUGCACUUUUGACUUGCUUUUUUUCUUACUGCUGUAAACUAUGCUGGAUAUUUGUGGCAAACCUAUCUAACUUUUUUAAUCCUUUUCUUUCUUUUUUCUACAGCAUUGUGCAAGAUUUAACAGUUGGUACAAAGCGGGGAGCUGACGAGCUUUUCCCUGCUUGUGUUACUAACGGACCCUUUAUCAUGAACAACAACAAUUCUUCUGCAGCUAAUGGAAAUGACAUCAAAAAAUUCAAAGGUGAUAGAAGUGCUGGAGUCCCGUCCCGAGUAAUCCAUGUCCGUAAGCUCCCCAGCGAUGUCACGGAGGCAGAGGUCAUCUCCUUGGGCUUACCUUUUGGCAAGGUCACCAAUCUUCUCAUGUUGAAAGGCAAAAAUCAGGCUUUCAUAGAAAUGAACACGGAGGAGGCAGCCAACACCAUGGUGAACUACUACACCACUGUCACUCCAGUCCUCCGGAGCCAGCCCAUCUACAUUCAGUUCUCCAACCACAAGGAGCUGAAGACAGACAACUCUCUAAACCAAGCUCGUGCUCAGGCGGCUCUGCAAGCAGUGAACUUGGUGCAGCCGGGGAGCUUGCCGCUGUCGGCUGCUGCCGCCACCGUGGAUGCAGGAAUGGCCGUGGCUGGCCAGAGCCCUGUCCUGAGGAUCAUUGUGGAGAAUCUCUUCUAUCCUGUCGCUCUAGAUGUUCUGCAUCAGAUUUUCUCCAAGUUUGGUACAGUCUUGAAAAUAAUCACGUUCACAAAGAACCACCAGUUCCAGGCCCUGCUGCAAUAUGCUGACCCCAUGAGCGCUCAGCAUGCCAAACUGUCUUUAGAUGGACAGAACAUCUACAAUGCCUGUUGCACACUGCGCAUAGAUUUCUCAAAGCUCACGAGUCUCAAUGUAAAAUACAAUAAUGAUAAGAGCAGAGAUUAUACACGACCAGACCUACCUUCUGGGGACAACCCACCCCCUCUUGAUCAGACCAUGGCAGCUGCUUUUGGUGCCCCAGGAAUAAUCUCUCCUUCUCCAUAUGCAGGAACUGGCUUUCCUCCUGCCUUUGCAAUUCCUCAGGCUGCAGGCCUGACAGUUCCAGGUGUUCAUGGAGCACUAGCUCCUUUGGCUAUCCCAGCAGCUGCAGCGGCUGCAGCAGGACGGAUUGCCAUUCCCGGCCUCAGUGGGGCAGGGAACUGUGUGCUGCUGGUUAGCAGUCUGAAUCCUGAGAGAGUUACACCCCAAUGCCUCUUUAUUCUUUUCGGAGUCUAUGGUGAUGUGCAGAGGGUGAAGAUUUUAUUUAAGAAGAAAGAGAAUGCCCUUGUUCAGAUGACUGAUGGAAACCAGGCCCAGCUUGCCAUGAGCCAUUUAAAUGGGCAGAAGCUUUAUGGGAAGCCCAUCCGUAUCACCCUGUCCAAGCACCAGACAGUCCAGCUCCCCCGUGAGGGGCAGGAAACCCACGGCCUGACAAAGGACUACGGCAAUUCUCCUCUACAUCGUUUCAAGAAACCAGGCUCCAAAAAUUUCCAGAACAUCUUUCCUCCUUCUGCCACUCUUCAUCUGUCCAACAUUCCACCUUCAGUAACUGAAGAAGACCUUAAGAUGUUGUUUUCAGGCAACAGUGGGGUGGUCAAAGGAUUCAAAUUCUUCCAGAAGGACCGUAAGAUGGCCCUGAUCCAGAUGGGCUCUGUGGAAGAGGCCAUUCAGUCACUCAUUGACCUCCAUAACCAUGACCUGGGUGAGAACCAUCACCUGCGUGUGUCCUUCUCGAAGUCCACCAUCUAAAGCUUUGGAAGGCAUGAGACAAAAUGGACUUGACUUAAAACCUCUUGGGUUCAGCCUUAGGUCUUCAAAGGCUGAACACGAGGGUUUCAACUUCCAUCAUUCCA